AAGUGCAUAAGCUUUUUAUAGAGGGCUGGAAUGAUAUUAUCAGUACCAUAGAAAAAAUUUUGACACCUAGUGAAACACAAUUAGCUUCUUUUACUGGUUCUGUAUAUCAAGACACAGAAAAUGAUAGAAUAUCAGAAGAAGUAAAGCAAUAUACAAAAGAUGUCACAACAAAUGUAUCAAGAUCAGCUCUCAACUGGUAUAAACUAUUUCAAAGAGGAUCAAACUGA